GUUCUUUUGCCAAAAACAAUGGCAUUGAUUAAUGACAUAGAUGAACAUAUAUUUGAAUCCUUUUCCUCUAAUAUAUUCAAGAAAGCAUUUUCAGUGAACAUUUUGCUUGUACACACCCUUUGUAGCUGUGCCACUGCCACUGCCACUGCCGCAAUUUCUGGCUUCUCUUCAAUGCCUUCGAACAACCUUCCAUGGAUUCUGCUUUUCUUCUUAGCGUCAGUUUGGCCUAGGGUUCAAUCCAUUGGGGUCAACUGGGGCACGGAUGCGUCACACCCUUUGCCACCAUCCAAAGUGGUGGAGCUCCUGAAAGCGAACAAUAUCAGCAAAGUAAAGCUACUUGACACAAACCCAGAUAUCCUCGAGUCUCUCUCUGGUUCGAAAAUUGAUGUGACAGUAGGCAUUCCAAAUUCCAUGCUUCGUAGCUUGAAUUCCUCGUUGAAGACUGCUGAGAGUUGGGUCCAUGACAAUCUCACACGCUACUAUUCUGAUGGAGCCUCCAGGAUCCGAAUCGAGUACAUUGCCAUUGGAGAAGAACCAUUCAAUCAAAUUUAUGGUGAGCAGUUCUUUCCUUUUGUUGUUGGAGCAGCUGAGAAUAUCCAAACUGCAUUGACCAAAGCUAAGCUGGCUGGCAGGGUAAAAUUAGUUGUUCCUUGUGGUUCUGAUGCCUUCCAGUCAGAAUGUCGCCCACUGUUAAAGGGACAUUUCCGAGCAGAUGUAAAUAGAACAAUAGCUGAACUCCUCAAAUUUCUUAGAAAGCAUCAAUCUCCUUUCUUUGUUAAUAUUUCACCUUUCUUCAGUUAUCAUAGUAACAAGAACAUUUCCCUGGACUUUGCUCUCUUCAAAGAAACUGCACACCCUCAUAAUGACAGUUGCAGAACCUACAAGAACAGCUUUGACUUGAGUUAUGAUACCCUUGUUUCAGCUUUAUCCUCUGCUGGCUUUGAUAAGAUGGAUAUAGUCAUUGGCCAAAUUGGUUGGCCAACAGAUGGAGCUGCCAAUGCUACCUCAUCCAAUGCUCAGGUUUUCAUGAAAGGCCUUGUGGACCAUCUUAAUAGCAGAGCAGGAACACCAUUAAGGCCUAAAGAACCACCAACAGAGACCUAUAUCUAUAGCCUUUUUGAUGAAGAUCAUAUAAGUAUAGUGUCUGGAAAAUUUGAAAGACACUGGGGUGUGUUUACAUUUGAUGGCCAGGCCAAGUACCAACUUGAUUUGGGGCAAGGCUCAAGAAAACUAGUAAAUGCCCAAAAUAUCCAGUAUCUUUCUUCCAAAUGGUGUGUCGUGAAUAACAAUGGAAACUUGUCCAAUGCAACUGCAUGGUCUUUGGAGGCGUGUUCUUCUGCUGAUUGCAGUGUACUGUCACCUGGAGGUUCUUGUUUUGACCUCAGUUGGCCUGGGAAUAUUUCUUAUGCGUUUAAUAGCAACUAUCAACAACAUGAUCAAAAAGCGGAUAGUUGUGACUUCGGUGGGUUGGGUUUGAUUACCACAGUUGAUCCAUCAGUUGGUACUUGCAGAUUUAUUGUUCAACUACGCACGCCUAAUUCAGCUCUCCAUCAGAGUUUCACUACUUUUUCGCAUUGGAGGAUCACCGUAGCAACCAUUUUGGUAUUGCUGGUUGGUGGAGGAUUCUGAUGGACUAGUUAAAUGUUUUUGCAUGGCAAAUGGAAUUCACUAUUAAAAAUCUCAUCCAAACAAAUACAUACAUGUGUAUCCUGUACGGCUGUCACAAUUUUGUUGACUUGUUCAAUCAGUGUCAAUUUUAUGUUGUUGUUGACUUGUUCAAUCAGUGUUAAUUUCAUGAAAAUCUGCAAACAUUUUGUAUAAUUUUGUCUGGAUAUAGCUGGCAUAUUGGAUGAGGUUUUUGGUUUAAUUGGAUUCUUGAUUUUCUUUG